UCUAGAACUGAGUUGAUCCUGCUGCCUUCCACAGAUGAAGCAGGGGUGGAUUUCAUGUGAAGAGCCUUGAGCAUGGUAAAGGGUGCUCUCUGCAGCUGAACUACAGUAAACAAAUCCACUGGGUGCAGGAGUUUCUGGAAAGUGGACAAGAGCAUUCAGAUCUAACUUCUAACCCUCCUCUCAUUUCUCUGAAGACCUGGGAGGAAAACCUUGCAGACAGCUAUUAUUCUGGAGUCUGCAUCACAAAGCCAGGAACUAGAAUAAAAAGAAUGGGAGGGGAAAACUGAAGAGUUGAUAAGAGCUGGUGUUCUUUCCUGAAUCCUGCCUAACUCUAAUAGAACCUACAGAAAGACUCAAGCCUCUCAAUAACAGUAACUGUUUGAAACAUCUGUGCCCAGAACAUCUGACUUGGGGCGUGUUCCUUGAUGUGACAGCUGAGCAGUGGCCUUUUAAUCAUCGACAUGGGUCAGCUCUUCUCUGACAUGGAGACGAUGUCUAAGAAUAACAACGAUGGAGAUUUAGUGUCCAGCUUCAACGCAUAUUUUAAAAACAUUAAGGCAGAAAACAAAAUUAUUUCUCAGGAAACCAUCAAAUUAAUAGAGUUGCAACUGGACAAAGGAAGCAUUCAAGGGGCAAACUCUUUAAUCAGUGAUGCAUUAAAAAAUAUUGGUGAUGCCCCAAUAAAUAUUGCUGUGACAGGAGAGUCUGGAGGAGGGAAGUCCAGCUUCAUCAAUGCCCUGUUAGGGAUUGGGCCUGAAGAGGAAGGUGCAGCUGAAAUUGGAGUAAUAGAGACAACCAUGAAGAGAACUUCUUACAAACAUCCAAAAAUUAAAACAUUGACCUUAUGGGACCUACCUGGUAUUGGAACUCAGAAAUUCCCACCAAAUGCUUAUCUGGAAGAAGUGAAAUUCAAAGAAUAUGAUUUCUUCGUUGUUGUUUCUGCCACACGUUUUACAAAACUUGAACUAGACCUCGCCAAGGCAAUAGGAAUUAUGAAAAAGAAUUACUACUUUGUGAGAACCAAGGUGGAUACUGAUUUAGAAAACGAAAAGAGAUCCAAACCACGAACUUUUGAAAGAGAAAAGACCCUGAAGCAGAUCCGAAGCUAUUCUGUGAAAACCUUUAGUGACAACAGCAUGGCUGUACCACAGAUUUUCUUGGUCUCUAACUAUGAUUUAUCUAACUAUGAUUUUCCAGUCCUGAUGGACACCCUGAUUAAAGAUCUCAAUGUUCAAAAGCGCCACAAUUUUAUGCUUUCUCUGCCUGACAUUACAGAGGCAGCCAUUGACAGAAAGCACAAGGCUACACAGCAGUUUAUCUGGCUAGAAGCCUUCAAGGCUGGAGUUCUGGCGACUUUUCCUGUAGUGGGUAUCCUCAGGGAUAAUGAUGUGGAGAAGCUGAACAGGAGUUUAAACUUCUAUCGAAGAAUCUUUGGAGUGGAUGAUGAAUCCCUGGAGUUAGUGGCUAAGGAUUUACAAGUGCCUGUUGGACAAGUAAAAGAAAUAAUUAAGUCUCCUCAUUUGUUGAAGGCUAGCAGAGAGGAAACAUUAGGAAAAAAGCUUUUGAAAUAUUUAGAGAAAUUUGCAUCAGCUAAUGGUGGGCUUCUUGCUACAGGUCUUUACUUCAGGAAAACCUUUUGUUUACAACUUCAUUUCCUUGACACAGUGACUGAAGAUGCCAAAGUUCUCCUUCGAUGGACAUAUUCAAAACACUAGUUCAAACUCAACUUAUCCACAGCUUCUGACCCUGACAACAUCAAGUGGUAAAUACCACAAAGUCACUAGGAAAAUUCCCCAUCUGACAUCUUUUCUUUUCAGCCAAUACACUAGAACCAUGGGGAAACCUGGGGAUAAAGAUCAUGUGUAUUAUGUCAAAACUUGACAAUCCCCAAUCCUUCUUCGGUCCCCAUAUCCUUUUCUCUUUCAGCUAUACAUAUAUACUUUAACACAUACACACAUGCACACACAAAAACAUACCAGCAAACAUGCAAAUUCAUACAUACAAAAGAUACAGUACAUGUUUUAUAGCCAUUUUCUUCUAAUCAAAACAUCCUAACAAAGAUUCAGGGAGCUGGGGUCUCUGCACUUAGUACAAAAAACACUUGGCAUGCUUGGUGGUUUGAAUAUGUAUAGCCCCACAGAUUCAUUUGUUUGAAUGCUUGACCCACAGGGAGAGGCACUAUUAGAAGGUAUUGCCUUGUUAGAAUAGGUGUUGUCCUGCUGGAGGAGGUAGGUGUAUUUGAGGUCUCUUAGAUGUGCAACCUAUACCCAGUUUUGUACACAGUCUUCUUCUGCUGCCUAUGAAUCAAGAUGUAGACCUCUUGGCUCAUGCUUCCCACCAUGAUAAAAAUGGAAUAAACCUUCUGAACUGUGAGCCAUCCCAAAUUAAAUAUUUUCCUUUAUAAGAGUUGCCUUGGUCAUGGUAUCUCUUCACAGCAAUAGAAACCCAAAGACAAAAAUUGUUACUGGGGACAUGGGUAUUACAGGGUGAUGGGCCUGACAGUGUUUUCAUUAGGAGUAUUUGGGACUUUAGGACUUUGAGUUAGGAAAGCAGUAGAAGACUCUAAGACCUUUUUAAUGGGCCACACUAUUAAGAGCAUGGAAGACAGUGUUGCUGGGGUGAUUUAAUAUUUUAGUCCUAGAUUAAGAACUUUCAGAUGAGACACAUUUUAGUAUGUUGCCUAGACAUCAUCCUUGUGUUAUUUUGGUGAAGAAAGUGGCUGCUUUUUGCACUUGUCCAAAGACUCAGCCUAAAGCUAAAGUGAAAAGAUUUAGAUUAAUUGCAUUGGCAAAGGAAAUCACAAAACAGCCUAACCUAGACACUGUCUUGUGGUUCAUUCUUUUUGAAGACAAUUUUGAUGAAACAGUACAAACUUAGAAAAAAAUGUAUGGUUCAAAGAUUAAAGGGGCAACAGGAAGUAGAAAGGAGCUAAAUCCUCUGUUUAAGGAGAUAAACAGAUUAAAGAUAUUAAAUGGAAUUAAGGGAGUGAUAGCCUCAGAUCAAGAUCCCACCCAGAUAAGCUUCCAUUUUAUAAUAAGAAAUUAAAGAAAAGCUUAGGUCCCGCUUUUAAUCCCAGCAUUUGGGUGACCUGGGCAUGCAGAUCUCUGAGUUUAAGGUCAGUCAGUCUACAGAGCAAGUUCCAGGACAGCCAAGUGGCAGACGCCAUGAAGGAAGAACUGCUGUGGACAAGUGAGAUUCCUGGAGACAGGCCACUGUUUUGUUUAGCGACUAUGAGUGUAAACUGGAGAGGCACAACCCCAGGGGCUUGAUUUCAGGAUUGCUGCUUGCUGCUGAUGUGCCUUCUCAUGUUUGUAAUUCCUAUAUUCCUCCUAUGUCUCUAGCAUGGUGGGCAUGGAGAGGACCUCGCUGCCUAAAGCCUGGUGUGACGCUUUCCUGGGUGAUAGCCCACUCUACUGGGCAAUUUUCCUGCAGAUCAGCAUGAAGAUUAACAUUUAUGAGAUAAUGUUAUUUAGAUUAACUAAUGAUUUUACAGAACUCCUGGUUUGAUUUAAAUGGUUUAAAGAAGUUAGAGUACUUGAGAAAGAGUAUAAGAGAAUGAUUUAAGUUGUUUUGCCAGAAAUAUAUGAAAAAAUAAGAAACAAGAAUAGAAUAUGCCCUUUCCUUAUAGAAUAGUAAACAAAGGCUGCAUAGAUGAGAAAAGAAGCAUGGUGAGCUUUCAUGGCUUACAAGUAUGUAAUCAUACUAGGGUGGAAAAUAGGCUUGGGACAAGUUAAUGAUUGAAGAAAACAUUUCAUUCUAGGUUGAGCCUGAGUCCCUGGAUCUUGUGAUCUAGGGAUGUGGCCACAGGUACAGGUUACAGUGUGCAUCAUGAAAAGGCGGGGUUAUUAAUAAAAAGUAAAUAAUUCUAUUAUAAAGACAAAGAACAGAUGGAUAGCCAGUUUAGCUGAAUGAGACUUCAAAAAUAAGAUGAAAGAAAGAUGAUGAUCUAUUUCUUAGUAAGUACAAAUUGUUGUCAGCUAAGCUUAUGAGAAAGUUGCUGCUAUGGACUGGCUUGCUUAACUUUGUUUAUUAAUGUCAAAAGAAGUAUGGCUUUAGGGUUAUAUUGAACUUAUGGAGAGUAAGAUAGAUGGGAAAUGUUUAGUUAGGUAUGAGUUUCAAAAGAAGUAUACAUAACCAAUAAUCCUGUUGUAAUUUCCUUUUGUGUGAUGAUUUUCUCUGUUUUUGAAGUAUACAUUGUAGUGCUCAUUGAUUUUAAAGAAUAAUUUGGGGCUAUGUGGUAAUCUUCCUUAGAUAACAAAAUUUGUAUUAGAUGAUAUAAAAUGGCUAAGAAAAAAUAAAGUUUUUGAAAUCAA